CACCACCCCGGGAUCAUGUGGGGCUUCCUGACCCAGCUGGUCAUCAGUUUAGUCCUGCUGGGCUUCUUUCUGGUCAGCUGCCAGAACCUCUUGCACAUCGCCCAGGGCUCCGUCCAGUUCGUGCUGAAGCACGUCCACCAGGAGCUGGACAAGGAGCUGGGGGAGAGCGACGGGCUGAGCGACGAUGAGGAGGCAGCCUCCACCCGGGUGGUGCGCAGACGUGUCUUCGUCCAGGGUAACGAAAUAUUGGAUAUCCCUGGAGAACAAGUGACCGAAGAGCAAUUCACCGAUGAGCAAGGCAACAUUAUCACCAAGAAGAUUAUUCGGAAAGUGGUCCGGCGACUGGACACCGAAGACGGGCGGCUGCACGAAGAGGGCUUCACCUCAACACCCAUCCACUAAACCUCCACUCUCCUCGUUCCUCUCCACGUGGCCAGGCGAGUGGAGCAACGAGCUUCCAGAGGCUGGGCUGUCUGCGACUCUUUAGGUUAAUGGCAUGAUUUCCGUAAGAGACAUAACUUUACCGUCUUAAUCCGCAUGACCGACCGACUGCCGACGCAUGAGCUACAGUUCUUUCUCCUGACUUCAAGAGGAGAGGGGCCGGGACAAUUCCC